AGAUUGCCGCGUUUGAUCACGUGAUCGCUCGAGUCGCUCCGAAUGCGUGCCUGCUCCGAGAUCCUCUGCGUGUACGUGUACGUCAGGAAAGCUGUCAAGUGCUCGACAUCGCGAUAGUUUGGUAAAGUCAGCUGACGCCGCGAUGCAAUCCUCCGUCGCUCGUUAACUGCGACGUGAGAUCGAUCGUGAUUGCGUGAGCUUGCAAGCAUUCGCGGAAGUGUUUGUUUUCCCACUGGGACUUGCGAAUCCAGGUACGAGGAAUUUGUUAUACACUCGAAUCCUAUCAGGAAGUCAAAGGAGGCCAAUAUGCCGCUCAGUGCAGAUAUAUCUACAGCGCUCCACUUGCUGGAGCAUGUGCAGGAACGAGUGGAUGACUGCGAUGAUCCCAAGCUGCAGAUGCAUACAUCCCAAGAUUUAAAGUCAUUGAUAUCCUUGCUAGAGGAUCCAGUUCUUCGCAGCAUAGUCACGAUUCAGGAUUCGCUGAUUGAGUUGAACACCCAAUUGGCACAUCAUCCGUCUAUUUUGCCUGGCGAUUUUGACAUCAACAUCAGUGGGCAAUUAGAACUCUCUGUACCGAGUACUCCGGUGCAGCCACUUGGACCAAAUCUUUAUCAAGAUUUGUAUCAAGACAGCAGUGAAUUGGAGGACCAGAGAGUACCAGUUGCUCCGUUAUUGCAUAGCAGCAGCGAAGACACAAGUGCACAGGUUACUAGCCCGAGCCUUGUUUCAGAAGUUAUUGGUAUGCCUCCAAUAACUACUCCUACUUACGCGAAGGAAUUUAAGAAGGUUAUCGAAGCUGCGGCAAGAGGACGACAGAUAUUCACAGUGCAGCUGUAUAAGCCGGAAGGGACGAGCCUGGGUUUCAGCGUGGUCGGUCUACGGAGCAAGGACAAGGGCGAGCUCGGCAUCUUCCUGCAGGAAAUACAACCCAAUGGCAUAGCAGGGUGCGACGGUCGAUUGGUAGAAGGCGACCAGAUAUUGGCGAUCGAUGGGCAACCCUUAGACUCGAACAUCUCCCAUGAGCAAGCAAUCUCCAUUCUUCAGAAGGCCCGUGGUCUGGUUGAGCUAGUCGUAGCGAGAAGCACCCAAGACGUUGGGAGCUCUUUGCCAACGGAUGAAUUGUCCGGUGGUUCGAGUUCGACAGCGGCCGCAGGAGCAACGUCGUCCAUCGUCGGCGGCGGUGCCGCUGCAGGGAACAACCAGACAAGCUCCGACAAGGAUCAAUCGGUGUCAGCGUCAUCCGUCGUUACGCCAGUACCGACCCCGAAGUCAAGUCAGCCGGCCAGCACCACUUCGGCGGCCACCCCGACACCUACGCAUACGCCAAUACCUACGCCGACCUCGACGCCGAUACCUGGUGGCCUCGUUAUCGAAAGGAGCCCCUCCGCCGUUAGCGACGCCUCCAAGAGUGGUUCUGACAUGGUGUUGAAUACGGAAUGGGCUCAAGUUGAAGUGAUAAAUCUCAUCAACGAUGGCAGCGGUCUUGGAUUCGGUAUCAUCGGCGGCCGUAGCACCGGCGUCGUCGUCAAAACCAUUCUUCCAGGGGGAGUUGCCGAUCGCGAUAAUCGACUCCAGAGCGGGGACCACAUAUUGCAGAUCGGCGAUGUCAAUCUACGCGGGAUGGGGAGCGAGCAGGUCGCCGCGGUUUUACGGCAAUCGGGCACACACGUGCGGCUCGUCGUCGCGCGACCCGUGGAGCCGACUUCGCCGGAUUACCAGGCUCUCGGGAGUCACGCUCCGAUCGUCCCUACGAAAAUCCUCGGGGAUCCGGACGAGUUGGACAGGCAUCUGGUGCACAGCGUCUCGGACAGCUACAACGCGCGACACGCGCAGGGUGACUCGAGCUACGACGGAUAUAUGUACUCGCAGGAAUCCGACAUUGAAAUGCACGCAAGACCCGGUCUCAUCAUGGACGUGGUACGCAACCCAAUGCCAAUUGGAGCGAUGCCAGUUAUACCGGCGGUGCCACUUCCGGUGCAACUGCAGGAUUUACCGGUGCUCACCAUGGAGCCUCUCGAUAUUAAUUCACUGCCAGAAAUGGAGCGCUUCACGGUCGAGCUUACGAAGGACAUCUACGGCCUCGGGAUCACGAUCGCCGGAUACGUCUGCGAGAAAGAGGAACUUUCCGGGAUUUUCGUCAAGAGCAUCAGCGAGGGUAGCGCGGCCGAUCUCAGCAAUAAGAUCCAGAUAAAUGAUCGAAUAGUGGAGGUGGACGGACAUUCUCUACAGGGCUACACUAAUCACGAGGCCGUGGAGGUGUUGAGGCGCACGGGGCAGACGGUAGCCCUCUGCUUGGAGCGAUAUCUACGUGGACCAAAGUUCGAGCAGCUUCAACAGGCGAUCGCCGCGAGCGAAUCAAGACUACCUCAGCCGAGUUCCCCGUCUAUAACGAGCCUACCUAGUUUCCCCAUGAGCGCGGAUGGAGAAACCACCACUGAGAUCGAGCCGGAGGGUGAAUCCCACACCACUGUAGACAGCGCGAUUCUGCAGGAAGGCGAGCGCAUCAGAACGUCGGACGAGCAGGAUGACGCGACCAACGUGGAAGCGCUAUUGAGCGAUCCCUCGAGCGAGCUUACGCCUCAGAUCCGCGCUGCGAUCAAGUCCAAGUGGCAGAAGAUCGUCGGGCCAGACACCGAAAUUGUGGUCGCCCAACUGAAAAAAUUCGCCGAAGGCAGCGGUCUCGGAAUCAGCCUGGAGGGAACAGUCGACGUGGAGAACGGCCAAGAAGUCAGGCCUCAUCACUAUAUACGUUCUAUUCUGCCGGAGGGCCCCGUUGGACAGAACGGCACGCUACGCUCCGGAGACGAGCUGCUAGAGGUAAACGGCUACCGCCUAUUGGGCAUCAAUCACAUGGAAGUGGUUAGCGUGCUAAAAGAGUUGCCUAUACAUGUUCGCAUGGUUUGCGGAAGGAACAUCGCCUCGCAAGAUCCGCUUUGUCCUAUCGACACCGCUCAGCAUCAGGCCGCCUUCCAAACUAGAAGCAUCCUCGGCGGGUCACUGCAGAACUUGUUGCCCACGAUGGAUCGGCUCGUAAAAGCAAAAUCGGACGGUUCCUUGGCUUCUACGACGACCACGGCCACGGUGACUGACGCGAGUCUAAACAAAAUGAAGUCGCGUUCGUUGGAACCGCUGACCGGUCUGGCGAUGUGGAGUUCCGAGCCGCAAAUUAUCGAAUUGGUUAAGGGAGAGAGGGGCCUUGGGUUCUCCAUUUUGGAUUAUCAGGAUCCAAUGAACCCCAACGAAACUGUGAUAGUAAUACGGUCGCUCGUGCCCGGCGGCGUGGCGCAGGUCGACGGGCAGUUAAUACCGGGUGAUCGGCUUCUGUUUGUGAACGACAUCGCAUUAGAGAACGCAACACUGGACCAGGCCGUGCAGGCCCUGAAAGGUGCCCCGAAGGGGACCGUACGCAUCGGCGUGGCCAAGCCGCUGCCAAUACCAGACAGUAUUGUCCAGAGGGUGACGCCGAUUCGCAAGAUCAAACGGAGCAGAAGUUUUCCCAAUGAGAGCGAGACGACCGAUCGCGUGGCCGAGCUCGAGGAGCUGCUCUCUUCGAGAUCAGGUUUGACGGAAUCGUCGACGAACAAGCCGCAGGUCGACGAGGACGAGGAGGACGACGAGGACCACUGGAAGGACGCCUCUCCGGUCACACCGAUCUGCAGCCCGGCACGACGACCUCCCAAGCUGCAGCGUCACGACAAGCGCUCGCCCACCAGGUACAUCGAUGUCGACAACGACGUCGAGAUCAUCCACGAGUUUUACCCCACGACGUCGAAGACGAUGCACGAGGAGACGAGCAUCGUGUCGUACGGCGGCACGAUCAUCGUCGAGACCACGAGGAUACCCAGGCACAGCAAGGACGUGUCGGCGAGGAUGGAGAAGGUGGCGCCGAAGGUCAAGUUAAAGAAGCAGCCGUCCGUUGAGCCGGACCGCGUACCGCCCGUGCAGGAGGAGCCGUCCACCAGCGCGCGCGAAGACACGCCGAAAGUCUCGACCUCGAGGAGGUCAUCGCGGCAGGCCGCGGAGCGUGGUAAGAGCGUGAAACGCCGCGGCAGCUUGGAGUCCGAAGGCCGUACGUCCACGUCGAGGGAGACGCUGGAGAAGUCGGACACGUCGUCGGAGAAGGGCGCCAAGAAAAAGGUCUUCGCAGAGAGGCAGGACGGUAAGAAGCGGUCGAGGAAGUCGGACGGCAAGCGCGCCGGCAAGGUCGACCGGCGGAUCGAGGCGGACUCGUCGAGGCGGAAAGCGGACUCGCUGGAGGACGAGGAGUCCAAGCGGAAGGAUCACGUCGAAACUUACCGGCGUUCGCGCGAAGAGCGGAAAAGCUUGAAGGAGCAGGAGUGCAUCGAGAGGGUGACGGAGUUCUUGACGAGGCACAGUAUCCCGAUUUACCCGGACAGCGGUGGCGGAGCCAACCUCGAAGCGGCGGAGCCGCUGGAAGUUCCUCCCAAGCUCGUCGUGGACGAGCAACCGCAGCAACGAGUCAGACGUCCGUCGGCUGUUGGCGGAGAGGGAGAAGUCGAGCACGCCGCGACAACCCCCGAUGCAUCAAUCGCGUCUGUGAAGCGAAGGGAGAGCCUAAAGAGUGUACCCGAAGCGGAGGAAGCAAAGGACUAUCCGCGGGAUUCAACGGCGGUCGCGAAAGACGCGGGAAGAACCUCGGAUAGUAGAAAGCAACGGCGAACUUUGGAGCGUGCCCCUGUGGCCGUCUCGGACGUCCAGCAAUUGGAAGCGACGGCUGUUCAAGAACCCGCGAAGCGACCCAGCUCCUUGAGAAAGAGAAGGGACUCCUUUUCCAGAGAGUCCUCGAGAGAAUCGCUGUUGGAGGAGAAGAAGGGCGUGAGGAUUCAAGAGGACGUUCAGGAGAUCUUCUUCGAGGACACCAGCGAGCAGGUGGCCGACUUGUUGCCGGAAGUACAGCUGGUGACCGCGAGGAUUAUCACGACGGAGGAAGCGUCCGCGAUACGUUUUGAGGAAGCAGCCACGAGGAUCGAAGUCCACUCGCCGCCGGAAGUGGCCAUUGUGUCCGAAACAUUCAGGCCGAAAAUCCUGACGCGAGCGCCGUCGCCGGAAGCCGUCGUCGACGUCUCGUUGUUGCAGUUACCCGCCUUAGCGAAGUCCACUUCGGAGAGUACCUUGACGGAGGACAAACUGCUGACCGUCGGCGAGGACAAGAAGAUCUCCGUGAGGAACCUCAAGCCGGAGAUCCUUCUGGAUCUGUCCAAAGUCUCCGAUAACGGUGAAGACCUCGACGACGCGAUCGAGAGCGGCAAGGAAGUCAAGGAGAGGCGACUCAGUCGAGCUGGAAGUGAAGGUUCGAAAAGAUUGCAGAAGCCUCAGCUGCAGGAACAGUUUCCCUUCAAGAUCGGUAGCAUCGCGCAGCCGGACAGGCCGGAACUGACGAUUCUGCACGAGGCGGAGAAGGCGGAGAGUGUCGGGGACCUCGAAAGAAAGAUCGCGAAAGAAGACGGCAGUGUUUCCAGCAGCGAAGUUCGACGCGAGUCCAGGGAAUCCAUCCGCUCUCCUCCGAAGGACCUUGCGAUCUCUCCGAGGCUCGGCGACGUUCUCGACCGAGUGAGACAGGCGACGCAGGAUCUCCGAAAAGAGGGGCAAAAGGCGCCGUUACCGCGACAGGACGAGGCCCAGAGGGAGGACUCGAGAAGAACUCGCUGUUAUGAUCAGAGUCCGUUGCAGCAGAAACGAUCGCCGUUGCUGGAGGAAGUAGCCCGCAGACCGGAGGAGGAUAGUCUGAUCUGCAAGGAACACUCUCUCGAAUACCAGAGUCAGACUCUCGAGAGCCAGUCGGACCACCUGUUCCAUGAAGUGAUUAUAUCGUCCUUGGAGGACCUACUACAGUCGGUGCCCGAGAGCUGGAGCCGCGAGGUCUACGAGGAGAGCGUCGAGGAGGUAGAGCACAGCUUCAAGGAGACGCAGUACUCGCCGAAGGAGAAGCGCGACGUACAGACGCAGACCGUUCAGGAGUCCAAGAGCACGCAGUGCAGUCCGGACCAGAGCGUGUCGAGUCCUUGCGAAGAGCCACCCCGGAUCAGCCCCUUCCACGUCAGCCAGAGGUACUUCCAAAGUCCCAGGCGGGAGGUGCAGACGCAGACUCAAGGCGAGAACAAGAGCGUCCAAUGUUGCUUGGACGACUUGGGGAGGCUCGAUAAUCUGUGGAGAGGCGACAGUCCGGCCAGGUCGGAUCAGGCGCAAGAGUCGAAGAGUGUUCAGUGUGUGCCGGAGGAUAUCGUCAAGUCACCGGUGAAGUCGCGGUCUUCUUCACGGGAGGACUCGCUGCGCAGCCCACGGCGAGAGGUCGAGGUGCAGACCUACCAGGAGUCGAAGGCGAUUCAAUGCAGUGACGACGAGCUACUCGAGGCUGAUCAGGCUAGUACCGAUCGUCCAAGCACACAGCAGAGCAGACCGACCAGCUCGACGUCGAGGAAGACUGAGAGCUCGCCUUCGUCGAGCUCCAGCUCGCCGCGCAAGUUUCCUACGGUCGUCUUCGUGGAGGGCAAGAAGGACAUGACUGUCACAAACAGGGAGCACGAUGGCGACGUCACCUGGUCCAAACACUGGGGUCCCGAGAGACUGGUGGAGAUCUACAGAGAGCCGAAGACCAGUCUGGGACUCAGCAUCGUCGGCGGAAAGGUACGACGAAAGGUCGAUUUGCGCAACGGCGGCAGCAGUAACUCCCAGAACAUCUCCGGGAUAUUUAUAAAGAAUGUCUUGCCGAACAGUCCGGCCGGGAGGACCGGCGGUCUCAAGAUCGGAGAUAGAAUAAUCGAGGUGGAUGGUGUGAAUCUACGGCAGAGCACGCACGAGCGCGCGGUGGAAGUGAUUCAAGCCGCCGGAAAUCCCGUCUGCCUCCUCGUCCAGUCGCUGGUGCAUCUGAGUCCGGAGCACGGCGGCGGCGCGGCCCAGGAGGAGAAAGCCGGCCGGAAGAGUCACACGUCCGCUUCCAGUAUCAGCCCCGGGACGCCAACGGCCUCUUUCCGCCAUAAACCAUCGCCGAUCUCGCCAGCGAGGUCCAUCACGCCGGAAGUGAUACAGCCAGGACUCGAGGACGGCAACGCUCCGGGCGUCACGCGCGACGACUUCCGCAAGCAAAGCUCGAAGAGAUCGGAUGGCUCAGUUCCCAGCUCGCGAAGAUCCUCCAUGAAGAAGUCAAUUCGCAAACCGGCCGUGGCGUCUCCCGCGAACUCGGACAUCCUCCGCGAGGUCAGCGAGGAGCGGGAGGGUCAUGCAACCGGCGCGGAACCACCCACCAAAUCCACCAAGUAUUCCUCGGAUGAGAGCUCGGAUGAGGACGAGGAGGACACUCGCAUGCUCGAGGGGAACGUGUACACGAAGAGCGGUGUCGAGAUCUCGAGGAAGAGCGCCGGGAACGUGAAGCGCACCAAGGCGGAGAUCGACGCGGAUCCCGAGCCGGAGGAUGAGUUCGGCUAUACAGCCAUGAAGAUACAGAAAAAAUAUCAGAAUCUAGGGCACCGAGUGUUGAUGGUUAUCCUGGAGAAGGAUAGGCGAGGACUAGGCAUCUCCUUGGCCGGGCACAAGGACAGAAACCGAAUGGCGGUGUUCGUUUGCGGCCUGAACCCAAAGGGUGCGGCUCACAAGAACGGCGGGCUUCUCAUCGGCGACGAGAUAUUGGAGGUGAACGGUUGCGUGUUGCAAGGACGCUGUCAUUUGAACGCUUCCGCCCUCAUCAAAGGCAUGAUCGGCACUUGCUUCAAGAUCAUCGUUUACCGGAGAUUGAAGGCUGUCGACGACAUCGCUGUGAAGCCGAUAGUUCAAUUCCCACCGACCUUGGAUGACGCCGAUCAAUUCAGCCAGUACAAGGGAGUCCGCAAUCUGCCAGUGAAGAAGGGUCAAUACGGCCUCGGCAUCAUGAUCAUCGAAGGGAAGCACGCGGAAGUGGGGCAGGGCAUCUUCGUGUCCGACAUUCAAGAGGGUAGCGCCGCUGAACAGGCUGGAUUACAAGUGGGCGAUAUGAUUCUGGCGGUUAACAUGGAUAGCUUGGCCGGCUGCACGUACGAUGAGGCGACGUCGUUGCUGAAGAAAGCGGAGGGCGUCGUGACGUUGACGGUGUGUAAUCCGAACCAGAGCAAACUGGAGCAGGAGCAGAAGGAUAAGAGCAAGGACAAGGACAAGGGGAAGGUUAGUGGCGUCGCUGCGCCUUCUUCAGCCGCAGCUACGGAAAAGACGCCGCAGAAGAGCGCACCGGCAGCAGCUGCCAAAGAGCCGGAAAAACCUGCGGCGCCGCAGGAUCCGAAGGACUGCAAAAUAACGGUAGGCUCGGAAACGACGAUAGAAUUCCAGAAGGAGAAGGACAAAGGAAUAGGCUUGACCAUCGCCGGCGGCUCAGACACCCCGAUGAACGGGGUCUUCAUUUUGGAAGUGUCUCCCGAUAGUGCAGCUGGAAAAGAUGGUCGACUGCAGGCCGGCGAUCAGAUACUGAACGUGUGCAACGAGAAUUUUAAGCAAAUUGAGCACGAAAAAGCCCACGUAGCACUUUUGAAGGCUUCUUUGAGUGGAACUAUCACAAUGACGGUAUUGCGCCACGAGAAGCCAGCCGACGAGAUCGAUGUCGAGCUGCAGAAAAAGCCCGGCAAAGGAGCCGGUUUCUGUAUGCGUGGCUUCGUGAGCGGCAAGGGAGCCUACGUGUGGGACCUGUUACCAGCCAGCAGCGCCCUCGAAAGCGGCAAGAUCUGCAAAGGCGACCGCAUCCUGGCGAUCUGCGGGCAAGACGUUCGCGAGGCUCCCGUGGACGAUAUCGCCGUUUACAUGAAGACAUCCAACCCGCUGCAACUAAAGCUGGCCAGGUACAAAUCCGCCAAACAAUGACAGGGUUCUGCGGGUGGAACUCUCGACACGCGUCCCGACGUACGGAGAAACACCUACAGACACUGUGGAUUCUAGUGUGAUAUAUAAAUGAAGUAACGUUUUAACCAUAAGUACUUUUGUUACGAGAGUCGCGUCAUCAUUGUCGCGACUCGCCCUACUAGAGUUACACGUCAACAUCGUCGAUCGAUCUUGCCGUUUCGCGCAGCGACCGAGUCGCCGUGCGUCACCGAGGAGCUACCUAGAGGAAGAAGAGGAACAGGACAUAAAGGAAAUGCAUGUGCACGGACUCGAAGUGUCGGAUGGUGAAACAGAAAAAAGGGAGGAACUUUUCUAGCCACCUUGCAGAGAAAAAAGCGAAAAUUCGCCGGGCAGCCUGGACCUCAGCCAAUCGACGUCAACCGGCGGCCGUCGAUCAAGUUCGCAAACGAUUCCGUCUGCCGACGCGCUCACGCUCGCACACAAGUGUAGCCGAUCAUGCGGCUCAGAUCUCAUUACACACAUGGCGUAGUGUGUUUGCGUAACGAGCAGGUCUGAGUGUCACGCGAUCGCGCGAGCUAAUUGUCAUCGUUAUCGCCGGUCACUUGUACACACGCAUACAUACAUAAAUAUGUACACACACACACACACACACACACAUGAGCUCGUCGUCGUCUCGUUCGUGACGGAUAAGUAGGACAGGUAACAAUCGAUAAUAACGUCUGGUCCGCAUCAAGACGUGCGGGUGAUGCUCGCAACCGAGGGGAAAGGCCGCGCGAUCACUCGAUCAUCUAUGUUCUCUUCUCUUCGGAGACACGUCGCCCUCCUUGCAUCUUGAUACAAAAAUCGAACGAGGAAGCAUACGAAAAAUAUAAAAAAAGACAUUGCUUGGUACGUUUCAUAUUACACAUCGCAUAUACUUAAGAGACAGUUAAAUCUUAGGAGCGACUGUAGAGCGUGCGUUCUCGAUCCGCCAAGGACGAAAGCGUUUUUACCAGAGGACAAGAUAAAACAAGACAAGACUCUAGUCCCGCCCCGAGGCCGGCGUUUCGGCGUGUCUUCGCCUUAAUCGAAUCCGCAUUCGCGUCGCGACCGUAUCCGCAACCGCCGUAGCCGAUAUAAACGCAUUAUUGUCCCUCAUAAUUGUAUUUUUCAAUAUUACUAACAAUAAGCGAGAACGCGCGGACGCGCGCGAUGCUCGAGCUGCGCCGAGAAGUGUCACCCGUUCUUCUUCUCUUCGAGGUAAAAAGGAGAGAAAAAGGAAGACGAUCGGAAGAAGUCGCCGCGAUGUCGGCCGAGUCCGUUCGUCCGAGGACGAGGAGAGGCGCAACUUUUCCUAACUUGUAGCUUCGUACGUGAACCGACGGACGCAUGAAUCCAUGGCGAUUUAAACAUUCGAAUGACGCGGAUUUGGUACGAAUUACCCGUCGCCAUUCGCAAGUGACGACGAUGCGACUGACAAAGGCGCAGCUCGUAUAUCGGCCGUCGUGCUUAUCGCGGAUAAAUAGAAUACAGCCUAAGGGUCAUUAGAGGUAUCAUCCUUCGUGCGUAGUUUGAACGAACGUAUGAACGAACGGGUGAACGAACGAACGAACGAAUGAGGAGCGGUCGCGGCAAACGUCGAAACGCCGAUCGAGAGGUCAUCGUUUAGUAGUAAGUGCUCCGGAGACGUGCGCUCGAGAUUAUCCUCUCGCGGUCUCACCGCACCGUGACAUGUUUCCAACACCAAACGGCGAGUCAUCCCGAGUGUUCAAGCGUAUCUUCAUGCUUUGACGAUCGUCAACGGCAGAUGAGAAAGCUAGACUGGCUUGUUGAGAGUACACAUUUAGUUACAGUUAAUGCUAUUAUUAACUAGUCCUUAGCUUAGAAAUUUUCAGGGUGAACGAGAGAGAGAGAGGGUGUGAGAGAAAACAAAGGAGGAAGUGAUGACACAAACACACCCAGAACACACAGAGAGAAAUUAUAUAUAUAAAUAAGAAUAUAUUAUAUAUAAGAGUAUAGAUAUAUGAAGAUAUAGAUAUAAAUUAUGCAGAGUCUAUAAUAGUAAAAAGUCGCGGAGCAUGUUUAUUUGACGAGUCAUUGGUAUCUCCAUCGUGUGACUGAUGUUCUAUACGUUCUCAUGGGACGUUUUGCAUUCGAAUUUCCCAUAGUUUUAUUGUAGCGAGGAAACGAAAAAAAGAAAAAAAGAGAGGAAGAAAGAGAGACGUAAAAGUACGUACACGCGUCUGUAGCAUUUGUAGCCGCGUGAAUGAGCGGAAAACUCGUUCUCCAGUUGGCGCCUGCGAAAAUCGCCUGUCCGUCGUAUCUGUCGUCGUCGAGUUCAAAGCUGCGCCUCGAUCGUUAUUUCGAAAUGUCCGCUAUCAGAUUUCUGAUAGCUUGGAACCCGAUAUUCGCCCCCAGCGCACGGAGUCGCCUCUCGAGAGAUCCUCGAGCCACGGGAGAUCCUCUCUAUCUGUUUCUGUCCUUCUCUCUUUCUCUCUCUCUGACUCUCGCUAGCGAUGGCGCCGGAAAUAUGAUCGUUCAUAGAAGCGCAUCGUUGUUUACAGUAAACGGAAAA